UGCUGCUUUCAAUGAGCCACAAUGGAGACCAAAUAGGAACUUGCACGGACUCAGCCUUUUAAUUUAUUCAUUAUAUGAAGUUAGAUUUGUACUAAUUGCUUCACAAAUCUGUGGUUCAUAUUUUGACACGUAGCUCUAGUAAGGAAAACAAGUUGCGCACAGAUACUGAAGUUAAUUGUCUACAAGUGUUUUUGAAUAAGGAAAUCGUCUCAGGCUAACGUUAUGUAGCAAGCUAAUCUUAUUUAUACAUUCGUUAACUAAGCUAUCUUUUCACAGACUGUGAUAACCCCUACAUAAAGACAUGACCGAGUACAAACUUGUGGUGGUCGGAGCAGGAGGUGUGGGGAAGAGCGCUCUCACCAUCCAGCUCAUCCAGAACCACUUCGUAGAUGAAUAUGAUCCAACCAUUGAGGACUCGUACAGAAAACAGGUGGUGAUUGAUGGAGAGACCUGUCUGUUGGACAUCCUGGACACUGCAGGUCAGGAGGAGUACAGCGCCAUGAGGGACCAGUACAUGAGGACGGGAGAGGGUUUCCUCUGUGUGUUUGCCAUCAACAACACCAAGUCCUUUGAGGACGUUCACCUCUACAGAGAGCAGAUCAACAGGGUGAAGGACAGCGACAGUGUUCCCAUGGUGCUGGUGGGGAAUAAGAGCGACCUCGGUACCCGCACGGUGGAGUCGCGGCAGGCGCAGGAACUGGGACGAAGCUACGGAGUACCGUUUGUCGAGACCUCUGCCAAAACCCGACAGGGCGUGGAGGAAGCGUUCUAUUCACUAGUACGGGAGAUUAGAAAGUAUAAGGAGACCAACCGCAGCAACAAGAAGAGCAAGAAGAACACUCAGAGACGUUGCAUUAUACUAUAGCAUACUACACGCACACACACACACACAUCAGCGCAUCCCUUACCGCACUUGUUUCACGCUUGCCCUCACACACUGCGCCGCCUCCGUCACGUUGGAGCCGUCCAGCGCAGCUCCGGACAGGGAAGCAGAUGUGGCAAAAUCCAUUUUCACUGCCGUCACAGUUUCCACUUACAGUAUGUCACCACAAGAGCUCACAUUUAUGAAUCCAAUAUGCAGUUUCGGUUUAACGCUGUGAAUUCAGUUGUUGUUUUUUGGUUUGGUGACCAUACAACUAUAAACUGCAGUUUUUGGGUGAGUUUAUUUCUUUCUUUUUUUAGUUAAGGUCAGCAUUCGUGCAAACUUAAUUGGAGUCUGGUUGAAAGAUUGAAGUUGUCUGUAAAGAUAUUUCUCUUUUACUAAUUAUGAAUUUGUCCAGCCAGUGUUUUUACAGACUGUUUAGCUCCUGUUAACUGUAUAGGGGUCAGCGAUUCAGAGUGUGUGUCACUGUACUUUGCACUGUCACAUCAGGUGACACAUUCAGUCCAAUAGUGUUCUAGGACUCGACACGUUGCUUAAGUGGUUUUAUGUGAUUGCUCGGUACACGUCUGACUUCAUGAAGUCCUACAAACAUGGAUAUGGUGUCAUAUUGACUAGGACACUGUUUAGUGUGAAACAUUUUUGCUUCAAGAUGAUUGGUGAAAGUUUGAAAAUACUUGUGGUCUUCCGGUUUGUUCAUAGGUUAGUGUGUCCUCUGGGGCCUGAAACACAACAGAUUUAUCAAGGGGUCUUUUUUGUUUAGUUUUUUCUCACAAAGACCGUAUGUCAAUGUAAAUGCUGUCGCAGGAUAAGAUCACCAGAGUAACAAAUCCUUACAAUUGUGUUCCAGACACCUAGGUGCACUUUAUUCAUUUGCUGUUUUGUUUUUUUUUGUAGAAAUUUAGCAUUAGUUUGUGCCGUUUUUAAAAAGAGUUUACUUACAGGAAUAUGGUGUGUUCUAGGAAUAACAGACUGAAAGCUGUGUCAAAUGAUUGGUUGAGAUGCCUGUGUCCAUCAUUUCCCUCCAUCAUUAACUUACUGUUUGAAGUGUCAGCCCUGCUGUUUGUUCCACACUGUAUUCCAAAGUCCACUUUUAAUAUUUUUUUUUUUUUUAAAUAUACAUGUCAGUCCCAGUGUUUUCGGUGGUUAUAUUGUACUAUAUGCAACAUUGAAACCACACCGAUGAUGAAACCAGUGUUUAACUCUGCUUAUCUUCGGAGCUCAGACACAGCGACUGUCAUGUUAUCUAAUCAUAAGUGAAAAAUAGGUUGAGGAACAUUUGGAUAACACUCGCCCUGGGGUGUCUGUCAGGACACACGAUGGAGCUUUAACUGUUUAGUUACCGAUUUGUCCCUAAUACAGCGGCGUAGACCCAAUUAUGGCAUGUGUGUGUUCCCUGGCAUCGGGCCAAUGCCGAUCUCUGGCUUCAGAUCAUUCAUUUAUUACAAUAAGGAUAUUCAAUAGGGCAUUCAUUUCUUUUUAUAGCCAUUUGUCCCCUUUUGAUAAUUACUGUCACCCUAAAUGUGAUGGAUUGUUAAAUUUCUAUUUUUGUAGCAUGAUAAACAGUGUUCCACAAUUAAAAUACUUCAGCAUUAGGAAACUGCUGUCCACAUAUUUAAUGAGCUAACUUUAGUUGCAUCCUGCUAACAGAAGUGAAUCCAUCCAUGAAGGGUUCCUACUUGGUUACGGUGUUAAACCAUCAGCUUCUAAAUGCCUGUCUCAUUAUCUGAAGUCUCUCACUGACAGCUAUGUAAAAUCUUUAAUGCACUCUGCUGUAAUGAACAAGUAAAUGUCUUCAGCUUUUA